UUAGAAUUGUUAGUUACAACAGGACACACCCAGAUUGUUUGGCGCCACCCUUUUCCGGUGUACAACCAAACGGAGCCAUGGCACCUAAGCCGAUCUCCAGACCGAAGAUUGUCAAGAAGAAGACCAACAAGUUCAAGCGAUUCCACAGCGAUCGUUAUGACCGUGUUAAGCCUAGCUGGAGGAAGCCUAGGGGUAUUGACAACCCUGCUAGGCGUCGCUUCAAGGGCCAGAUCCCCAUGCCCAGCAUCGGUUAUGGCACAAAAUACACUCACAGACACAUCCUACCCAAUGGUUUCAGGAAGGUUGUUGUCCACAAUGUGAAAGAGCUGGAGGUGCUGCUGAUGCAGAACCAGCGAUACUGCGCCGAGGUGGCGCACGCCGUGUCCGCCAAGAAGCGCAAGCUGAUCCUGGAGCGUGCCCAGCAGCUCAACAUUUUGGUGACGAACGGCCACGCGCGCCUCAGGAGCGAGGAGAACGAGUGAUCCCGCCCUGUCAGUUGCACCGUUCAAUCGUCAAUACAUGCCUACCGCGAGCUGG